UGCUGUUUAUGCAUUUCUUCUGUGUCUGUGUUUGUGAGUUUGAGUGUGAGUGUAGCAGACAGGGAAUAUCAGACAGCAGACAGUGAGAGGGGACAGAAAACGUCAAUGCAAAACGAGGGAGAACAUUUUGAAAAAAGAAAAAAACAGAAAAGGACAAGUAAGAACAGAGGGAAACACAAGAGUGACCAUCUAAAGGACAAGUAGACUGAUUCUUCAGUGUACUAUUGUUAGUGCUAGGAUGGCUGGAGUAUGGCGUUGCAUGUUGACAGUGGUGGUGUUGAUGUGUGUGUGUCUGUGGGGGUCCACUGAGGCCGUAGGGGGGGCUAGGAGUCGACCAAGACCCCAAAGACGACCCCGCAAGAAGCCAAAGGUCGACCCUAUUGAGCAGACCCCACCCACACCGAACAUAAACAUACAGCAGAUGACAGGAACAUGGUAUCUGCUCAUCACUGCCUCCAAAUGUUCCUAUUUGAUAAAUCAUGGAACCAAAGUGGAGCCCACAGUCAUGAACCUCGCAUUUUCUGCUGGCUCUGACCAAACACUGUCCGUUAGCACUAAAACACGUCAUAAUCACCAGUGUUGGGAGAUAUUACAGGUCUACAAUCUAACCCCAACCCCAGGUCGACUAACUCUUAAAGGAACUCGUCCCGAGCUGAACACUGAGAUAGUAAUCGGGGACACAGACUACAGCUCCUAUGCAAUCAUGUAUUAUCAGAAACUGGGAAAGAUCACCAUGAAACUCUAUGGCAGGUCUGUCGAUGAUCUGUCAGAGCCCAUGUUGACCAAGUUUGAGCAGCUUGCUGAGAAACAGGGUUUGGGACUAGCAUACCUCUUCCCUUUCCCCACCUACAGUCAUUGUGGUGAUGUGGACCAGGACCAUAAAAUCAACUGUGUCCCCACAUGUUGAAGAAUCCAGCAAUGCAU